CGUCGACAGCGACGGAGGUAGAUAGUUACGCUGCGUGUGGCGGCUCACACCCAUUGUGACUUGCACCUGAGGCAGUCUGUGAAUGUCAGGUGAAACCUGAAUGCUCUUCAACCUGAUUCUGUAAAUUUUUCGAGCAGCGAAUCGAACACCUAAAAAAAUAUGAGUUAGUUACCAGAACUUUUUGAGUGGGGAUUAUCAAACUGAAAGCGAGUGAAAAUCUGAGCGACUUGUUGACACCGAUCAGUGAACCAAGUGUAUUACUAGUGUAUACAAGGGACCUGAACCACCACCUGCUGUUGCAAGUCGCUCGUUCACCUUGUAACUAUUUCUUCUUAAACUGUACUUUAUAUUUUCGUCCAGAUCAGAAACUUUUUUUCCUACCCCUUGUGUUGUUUUACUUUCCACGGCUGAAAGUAACAUAUAAUUGUGGGAAGUGUUUGUGGACCCGACAUGUGAGGGGCUUAGGCCCCCCCGCAGAGUGUGAGGACCCAAGGGCCCCGCACAUAGUGCUGAGGACCCUUCGCCAUGGCCCCAGGGGAUCCUGCAAGUCCCUGGCUGCUGCUACUGCUGCUGGUGGCAGCAAUGACAGCUACUGCUACAGGAGAGCUGCGGCUGGAGGUGCCGGCGAGGCCGCCACGGGUGUACGCUGGAGCGCCAUCGGGAGUUGACGUGUCGGUGGUGAGAGCCGUUGACGACGACACUGCUGACAACCAGCAGUUCGUCAACAAGCAUCGCUACUUCCUCUACGACUACCAGCACAACGGCCACUUCACAUACUUCGCUAUCGACGAACUGCACGGCAACAUUACCACAGCCAGGUACCUGGAGCUCGGAGCAGGCCAGGAGUACCGUGUCAUCGUUGUAGCACUCAUGUCCGGUAAAGUCAUCAAGCAGGAGAUGACGGUGGAAGUGACACACUACAACCAACACGCCCCAAAGCUCGUCCUCCACCACUACAGGUGGGUUAUGAUCCCUACAUCGCCCGCAGAACAUAUACGCUGUGAGGUGUAUGUCUAG